AUGGCUAUCCUUGAGUUGACCGGGAGUGCAAACGCACAACCUUGCGGCGUGUCGGGCUGUGAUGCAAUCUCGCGCUACGAAUGCCCUCGCUGUCAUGUUCCUUACUGCACAGCCUCUUGCUACGGCGCUCAUUCAAAGUCCUGUGUCGACGCGUUUAAAAAUGAUGUGGACGUUCGAUUGAAGAAUGUAAAAGUCUCAGAUUGGGAGCGACGCCGUUUUAAUGCUAUUGUUGAGCGGGUUCGGGAAGCUGGGUUUUAUGGCGGGACGUAUGAAGAUCCCGUCCUGGAAGACAGCGAAGAGGACGUUAUGGACUGCAGUGAGAUACAGGAGGAGGAAACGCCUCACGAAGGAGAUGUACCCGAGCUUUUGGAGCAGUUCAUCAAUUCUCUUGAUGACCAAGGGAAGGAAUUCGUGUCAAUGAUUGACAAAGGAGUGCGAGAGCGUCUCGAAGAGCAAAACCUACUCGCACGAGGAGAAGGCGCUGCCAGCCUUAUUCCAGAUGUCGGAAAGGAGGCGCCGUCGUCCCCGGCAGGUAGAAAAAAGGCACAGCAUGACCUGCCUGCAAACGCACCCGAAUCUGCGGAUGGCGUUACAGAGAAACUGGAAGAGCUCACCCAUGACAUGGAAGCACAAGACCUUUCCUAUGACGAAAUCCUGAGGAGACUGCCAGAAGAAAUGGCACGCGACUUCGAAGCAAGGCUACUCGAUGGACGUGCGUCUCGCAUGUUGCAGCUGUGGCGUCCGUGGUGGAUUUUUCUCCCUGUUGACGACGUAGUCGAAAACGACGGAAGUGACGGCAGCGUGGCGGAACUGCCUCCACUGCCUUCACCAGAUAGUUUAAUAGUGCCAAUCAGUGUUUCGCGAAGAGCAUCUCCCACUAUCGUGAACAACGUCUCCGAAGUCCUCGGCGCCUACUGCAUGAGUCUCCGUCUUUGCAAUGGGGACUGGCACUCUGACCCUUCACACGUCGCUCGAAAGAUAUGGGAAUUUUCGUCCGUUCUCAGCGAUGAUCGUCGAUACGCAUCAAUGGAGGAGGCAUGCACCUCGAGCAUGGGUAAGCUGGUACAAGUGGGCAAAUCGCAAGCAGCAGCCUUGGAAGCAUUCAACGAUGUAAGCGCCGUGAUUUCGGGGCGCAGUGAAUGGGUGGCCAGGGCGUUGUACGAAUGCCAAGGUAUUUUCGAAGCCGCUCUCGCCGAAGCGCCUGCAAUGGGGAAAAAACCUCUCAGGGCCCGCGUGAGAAAGAUUGCAUACCUUGUAUCAUGGGCGCUAUGUCAGGACACGUCUGCGCUCGUAAUUGCAGCGCGAGCGGUUCUUUCGUAUGCCGAGCUUGAGCGCGGUCGAUGUGAGGAGGUAAGGGUAGCGGGAGAGGCGAUUCGACUUUCAAAGAAAGCUGAGACGCGGAUAGAAAUGUUUCCGUAG